CGAAGUCACAUUACUCUUGUAGUCUUGUUUCUCUAUGUAAACUCCCCAAAUACUUCCCCACACGGACGAAACCAGUCUCUCGUAGGUUACUAGAUAGAUUCUAGCAACAGUACUAACUAGCUAGCAGGCCUGGCUGCUAUCACCACUGACAUCGUUUACCCUGACUGUUUCGCCUACGACACACGACCCCUCUGCUUACUGUUUCUCUCUCGGACAACACCACCUCAUCUUUAACCCCCUCUCACUAUUUCCCUGUUUCCCUCUCUCUGAUGGCGGAGGGUUUUGAACUGUGUCACAUCCCACAGCAAAGCAGAAGGGAUAAACUGAGAGUGGUCCUCCAGAACCAUCACACCAGUGAUCUGCAAGGGUGCGCAGGUUUAGGGAUACUCCCUUUAUAUGAUCAAUCUUCCCAGAAUUUGUUAGCCUGCGCCAAUAUCAAAUCCUCAUUAAUGGCUUCUGAUAGUAGCAAUGCCAGUGAUUAUAGGACUGCGAGAGCAAUUAUGGAUAACAUUAGUAAUGAAUCGUCGGAUCUACAGUCUGUCCGUGAUCCAGGUAACGAUCAUUGUAAUUUCUUUUACAGACAUCAAGACCUUAGGUUCAUUCAACAUCAUGAUCAGUCUCCAUUUCAUGGCGGAGAUUUUGUUGCUUUAUCUCUCUCGUCGCAGUAUACCCACAACGGAACUCCUCCUCCUGUAGAGUUGAACUUGCACAGUUAUGGUGGUGGAGAUGAUAUCCCGACUGCGGUGAUGAACCAUGGGCUGUACACAGGCUACGCUUCGAUUUUGAAAGGUUCCAAGUUCUUGAAACCGGCGAAACAGCUGUUGGAUGAAACGUGUGAUGUUGGUUUUAGGUUUUCCGCUGAGAAGUUUCCUGUUAAUUGUGGUUUGAUCGACCCUCCUCCAUUGGAUAACUUGCGAACAAGUGUUGAUGAUCCCAGUUGUGGUGGCGCAUACAAGAGAAAAAGAUCCACCCUAAUUUGUUUGCUAGACGAGGUGUACAAGAUGUAUAAAUAUUACUACCAACAGAUCCAAACAAUAAUCGCAUCAUUUGAAACUGUAGCCGGGCUUAGUAAUGCUGCUCCAUUUGCAAACUUGGACAUAAAAGCAAUGUCAAAGCACUUCCAUUCCCUUAAAAAUGCUAUAACUGAGCAGCUACAGUUCUCAGUGAAACCUCAUAUAAGCUAUGGAAAGAAAGAAUUCAUGGUGUCUGCAAAUUUUGAGAAAGGACAUUAUGGUCACAUGGGAUUUGUUGAACAUCAGCCUGUUUGGCGUCCCCAAAGGGGUCUCCCAAAGCGAGCAGUCACUGUUUUGAGAUCAUGGUUGUUUGAUCAUUUUCUGCACCCUUAUCCAACUGACACAGACAAGCAGUUGUUGGCUAAACAGACAGGUUUAACUCGAAAUCAGGUUUCGAAUUGGUUCAUAAAUGCUAGAGUGCGACUAUGGAAGCCUAUGGUAGAGGAAGUGCACACGCUUGAAACCAGACAAGCCCACAAAUUAUCGUCACAUAUCCAGCAACAGGAAGCUUCCUGUGUCAGCAAUUCAUUUUCAUAUCCACCAAUGAAUCAAGAACCUCCUUCAAAGCGCACUAGAAAUGACUUCAUGUGUGAUAAUAAAUAUAACAAUCAACAUAUCAUGGAAGGAAAUAAUGAGCACAUGAUGAACUUUCACAACAAUUUGUCAAUCCAUAAUGUAAACAGUCAGGCGACUGCAAAUCGUGGUGUUCCCUUGACACUAGGCUUAUGUCAGAAUAACAACAUAUUCACAUUGUCAGAGGCGUUUCCAUUGAAUGCCGAUGGUGGGAGCAGGAGAUUUGUUGGUGGUGGUUUGGAUAUGCAAAAUCGGCAGGCGGGGCGAGAACUUAUUGGGGAUCAGUUUUUGCAUGAUAUUGGUGGCUGAUGGUUUAGUAGUGUUUAGAGCUCACUUUGUUACCCAGGACAUGACAUUGUUACAUAGGAC